CAUACUCUGUCCUCCACACUCAUGGCACACGCACACCGCAGCUCAGGUUUCUUAUGGCCAGAUGUUGCUAUGAUCUUGGGAAGUUGGAGGAGGCAGAGACAGUCCUGACGGGGGGGAGUGUUCUUCAUCCCAAGACUGUGGAUGAAUUAGCAAAUGAGUAUGGAGAUCUAGCAUGCUUUGCCUUGCAGCUCUUGGGACUCAUAUGCGCUAGAACAGAAAGACUGUUAAGAGCAGCAGAUGCUUUCAAGAGAUCAUUGAAGCUCAAUCCAUUUUUAUGGCAGUCAUUUGUUGCACUCUGUGAUCAGGGGGACAAAAUUGAUCCCUCAAAAGUUUUCAGGUUGGACUUGUUAGAAACUUUUUCAAAUUGUCAUGGUAACACGGUGCUAACUUUAGUUAAUAGUGCCAAUCCUGCAAACAAUGUCAGUGUCAACUCGGACUCAGGAGUCACCAAUAAUAUGUUAAAUAGUGUAUCAGUGAAUACCCCCUCUGAUGGUGUUCAGCAGACUCACAUUCCAACUCCUGUUCAGAACACUCCCAAUAAUUUAUUACCCAUUAUUAAUACACCAGUACAGAGCCUAAGUAAUAUGAGUACUCCAGUACCCAUCUCGUCUCAGAAUACUCCUGUGGCUGUAAUGGUCACACCUGUGCAGGAUAGAGGUGGUGGGGACACUGGUGAUGGAGUCUUUCAGGCCCCCAAAAAGAAAAAGUUUGUGAGAAUUAAGAGCAUGUUGGGAGGACCGUGGUCGGUGAGCCCCAUGACCCCCAGCUUUGGGGUACUACCUCUGGAUGUUACCAGCCCUGUUGGUGACAAUGAGCAGUCACCUCUAAACAGUUCUGUGGCCUUCCUUACGCCUUCACCACUCACCCUUUCCCAGCUAGACACUGAACCAAACACCAAAGUUCCUCCACCAAUAAGUAAAAGGAUAUUAUGUAGAACAACAAAAGACUCUCCCCUUGUUUUAAACAAGCCUGCAGUGUUUGCACCAGCUGGGAAUAAUAGCAACUUCCAAAGCCCCCCAACUGGGCAGCCAAACCCCAAUGUUCGCAGAUCAUCUAGACUCUUUGGCAACAGUAAUUCUGUUAAGGAAAACAACAAAAGCCGCUUUGUAGCACCAAAGUCUCCUGCUAGGAAAGCAAAAACUAGAUCCUCCAAAAGUCAGUCCAGCUUGUCAGAGUUAAAUGAGAAGAACAAGAGCGAGAACCAGACAUCAUUUUCGCCGUCAGACAAACCACUUUUGGAGAAGCCAACCACUCCACAGAAUCUCGCCCAACAAGCACACGCAAUACAGAAACAGUCUGCUGAGGGCUUGAUGGCACUUCUUCGGGAUAUGGGUGCAGCUUAUCAACAGUUAGCACAAUACAACUGUGCCCGUGCUAUAGAGCUACUUACUGCUCUCCCCACGCAACACUACCGCACUGGCGGGGUCUUGUCACACAUUGGCAAGGCACACUUUGAAAUGAACAAUUAUCAACAGGCAGUAAAAUAUUUCAGUGAAGUUAGAGAAAGAGAACCACACCGACUGGAUAUUAUGGAAUAUUAUAGUACAGCGCUAUGGCACUUGCAGAAAGAAGUUCAGCUAUCAGCACUUGCUCAGGAUCUGAUAGAGGAAGACCGGGAAUGUCCCCAAGCCUGGUGUACGACUGGGAACUGCUUCUCUCUCCAGAAGGAGCAUGAAGCUGCAAUUAGGUUUUUCUCAAGAGCCAUUCAGGUUGAUCCAAACUUUGCAUAUGCCUACACUUUGUUGGGCCAUGAGCACAUAGCAACAGAAGAGUUGGACAAGGCUUUGAGUUGCUACAGAAGUGCUGUCAGAAUAGAUCCGCACUACAAUGCAUGGUAUGGUAUUGGUUUAGUAUUGUUCAAGCAAGAAAGGUUUGCUCAAGCAGAGUCUCAUUUCAAGAAAGCACUUGGUAUUCACCCGCACAGUUCUGUUCUCAUGUGCCAUGUGGCUGUGGUGGAGCAUGCCCUUCAGAAGAGUAGUGCAGCACUUGCGACGCUGAACCGUGCACUAGCUGUAGAACCCCGCACAUCCCUUUGUAAAUAUCACAGAGCAUCUAUCUUGCACGCAACAGAUCACCAUCAAGAAGCCCUCGCAGAGCUAAAUCAGCUUAAGGAGAUAGUUCCUAAAGAGUCUAAUGUCUAUUUCCUGCUAGGGAAGGUGCACAAAAAAAUUGGCCAGACCCACCUCGCAUUAAUGAAUUUCUCAUGGGCCAUGGACCUUGAUCCCAAAGGUGCCAAUAAUCAGUUCAAGGAAGCCAUCGACCCAGCCAUAACCGUUUCCCUGUGGACGAUGAGGACACCACCAAUAAUAACCCACAUGAUAAUGGUGGGUUCCUAAGCAGUGAAGCUAGCUCUUUGGCUCCAGCAGAAUCAUCCCAGGAAUCACUCAUACUAGAAACCACAGCAAUUACCAAACAUGGAGAGUUUAAGUGAUGACAGCUUAUAAUAAUGGCAUUUUUAGGCAUCAGAUAUUCUAUACAAGUUUUGAAGUGUUGUAAAAAGGAUUGAUGAUUUUCGUAUGUUAGAAAGGAUGCUGUAAAGAAAAAGUUAUAUAAAUCAUUUUGCCAUUGUAUAUCUGUUAGAAUGAAAAGAAUACUUAUUAAAAAGUAAUAUAGGCAAAAGAUUGGAAUAUUUAUAAGGAACUAUAAGCUAAGAACAGUGAAAUAUCUGCUACAGUUUUAGUGCCUGGUUUAUGAGGGUAUCAGAACCAGUAAGAUUUCAAUAAGCUUGCAGUAGUCAUGUCAUUAGAGGAGGUGUAAUUAGCAUUCAUCAUACAGACUUGUAAAUGUGUGAAAAAGUCAGUAUGUUCUUCCAAAUAUAUAUUUUUCUUAGUUGGGUUUCAAGAAACAGAAAAA